AUGCCCGACAUCUUCGCCCUCGUCCCCAAGCAGCUCGCCGUCCAGUGGAACUACACCCCGAUCUGGAUCCUGAACUCGAACCCGGGGUACAUGGACGCGGUCGACUUCGACUUGGUGCUCCAGCAGCACAUGCACCAGUACCGCCUCGUCGUCGACGGCAAGAACUUGGGCACGAACUUCGGGGUCGGGAUGGGCUCGACCGGGGAGAGCGUCGCGUUCAGCGCGUUCAGCGGCAAAGGGAUCUCGGUGUCGUCGACGAUCAUGGUGUACGUGGUGAGCCCGGUGUCGAAGAACGAGUAUUUGGUUGCGAAGUGGCCUGUUACUGCGGCCUGA